AUGAUAAACACUAAAACUGGUGAUCAGAGGUAUAUUUACAUCUCUAACAGUAAUACAUGGUAUGAAGCUCAGGCUUACUGCAGAACGUUUUACACUGAUCUGGCCAGUACUAGAGAUGCAACAGAAAACUCAGUUAUAGCGGGACUGACCUCUAGCUGGACUUGGUUUGGUCUGUUCAGAGACUCCUGGAAGUGGACAGACCAAACCAACUUCUCUACCAUCAGCUGGAUGCCUGGAGAACCUGAUAAUGCCCUGGGGAAUGAAGAUUGUGGCUAUGUAAAUAACGCUCAGGCUGCUGAUGCACAGUGCUCAGACAUAAUGCCUUUCUUCUGUUACUCAGUACUCAUGGGAAAACAACAAAUUAUGAGGGUGAAUGUCCGGUCCAAUCAGGAUGUGAAUGAUCCUGCAGUAAAGGUGGCCAUCUUGAAGCAGAUCAAUCAGAAAGUGAAGGAUCAUGGGAUGGCAGAGAACAUCACAGUGAAAUGGAGAGAGCAACCAGAUGGAAAGGUGUUUAACAAGAAGACAACAAAUAAUACUACAGAAAAAUGA